AUGAAGUUCACCGGUGCCAUUGUUGCCUCGCUGCUCGCUACCAGUGCUGCUGCUUUCGACAAGUACCAACCAUGGGGUAAACGUGACUACGCCUGUGUCAACGUCUACCAAGGCAUCCCGGACAACUCAACCGUAACAGCCGGACAAACCGUCCACCUCCGCUUCAACCGUGCCCCGACAACGCACUGCACAGACCCGCUGGCCCAGUACCCCGGCAGCAACUACACCGUCUUCCUGUACAAUAACCCCGUGCGUAACCUGGACACCAUCCACUUCGAUGCGCAGAUCAAGAUUGCGGGCGAUAUCCCCGAGUCUGCGGGCAAGGUGGAUGUUAAGAUCCCUAAGAAUCUGCCCCAGGUUCAGGAUGGGUCUGUUUGGUAUUUGAGAUUGGGGACUUCGUUACCGACGGCUCCUCAGAUGCCUACUCUGUACAAUGCUGCGGGACCGUUCACGAUUACUUCCGCUUAG